CUUUGUUGCACAAUGAAGACUGUGAAUGAAAUUCAACGUUAAGUUAGGUUUGCAGUCAGACAGUCGAGGAUGACAAACGAAUCCCACCGUUACUUUGUUGGAGUUUCUUUGGCCAUUUUGACUACAUUUACCGGGCACAGUUGGAACGUACAGUGGGUACGAGACAUAGGAACCGAAGAGAAAGAGGACAACGGAGAUAUGCUGUUAACAAGCUGAAUGCAAAAAAAAGAAAAGAAAAGCAAAGCAAUGCGUUGAAGAUACCAAUCUCAACAUAUCAUAGCCAUCCCCAGAUAUGCAAAUAUGCCACCAAGGGGCUAUGACCAUCAGGUGGAUGACAUCUGCUACCAUUAGGAGGGAAAACAUCAGCCAUGGCCGGCCCUGUGAUCAGGAAUUGGUGGAACACCUACCAAUUGGACAAAUCUGACACCAAUGACUCCAAUAGAGAGGAGGAUAAAGAGGAUGUAGCAGGGAAAAGGCAGUUAUCGAUAAGUCAGACCCUGCGAACCAGGCAGCUGCGCGUAGAGUUUGAUGGUGGACGCCCAGUUUUCAGUCUUCGAGCACCACUGGAUCUGGUUCAGUUCCCAUCUAUCUCCUGCCCCCGUUGGCCAGUAGAGUGUGAGGUCGUCAGUAAUGCAAUCCAUCACAUUGAGUGGGAACCUCCAAGACCUGAACCUUUCUAUCACCCAACUGGUCAUGAGAAGAUACCCUUUCCACCUGGGGAGGAGAGCAGACAACUUGUCUAUUGCAUUGACCAGGACAAUAAGUGUCCCUACUUCACAUGCUCUCGUGUUGGAGGCUCAAGGGUAUCUGUGACUAGCACCUGUUCUUCUGCUAACGACGUCAAGCAGACAGACCUCUCACUGGAGUUUGAAUCACGAUUUGAGAGCGGAAACCUUCAGAAGGCCGUGCAAGUGGGUCCCUAUGACUAUGAACUCACCCUCCAGACAGACAUGUACACCAGCAAACACACGCAGUGGUUUUACUUCAGAGUCAGGAACAUGAAGGCCGGGGUGACCUACCGCUUCACUAUUGUCAACUUGAUGAAGCGCCGCAGCCUUUACUCCCAGGGCAUGAAGCCUCUGCUCUACUCUGAGAGAGCUGCUAAGGAGAACACCGUUGGAUGGAAACGUACUGGCUCCAACAUCAUAUACUACCGCAGUCAGAAUCCAAAGGAUACCAAUGAGUCAAAGACCCUGUACUCCCUCGCAUGGACUCUCCAUUUUCCCUAUGAAUCUGACACUUGCUACAUCGCCCACUGCUACCCCUACACCUAUUCAGACCUCCAACGCUAUCUUAGGCACAUUUCAUCCAACCCAGCAGUGGUGUCAUUCUGCAAAGUGCGGGUGCUGUGCCACAGUCUGGCUGGCAACGCAGUGUACGUGCUGACAGUAACGUCACGGGCUGGCGACCAAGAAGACGAGGGCAAAACCAAGAGAGCCGUUGUGGUCACGGCCCGAGUACACCCAGGAGAAACCAAUGCGUCCUGGUUGAUGGAGGGAUUCCUGGACUUCCUGCUCGGGAACUCUGAUGAUGCUCAACUUCUGCGGGACACCUUUGUUUUUAAGGUGGUGCCAAUGCUGAACCCAGACGGUGUGGUGGUCGGCAAUUACCGCUGUUCUCUGGCAGGCAGGGACCUCAACAGGAAUUACAAGACUAUGCUCAGGGAUUCUUUUCCAUGCGUAUGGCACGCCCGGAACAUGGUGGAAAAACUGAUGAAGCAGACAGAUGUAGUUCUCUACUGUGACUUCCAUGGCCACAACCGUAAAAACAAUGUCUUUAUGUACGGUUGUAACAACCGAGACGAUGAUUCGCCAAAGCUUCAAGAAAGAGUUUUCCCUCUGAUGCUGAGCAAGAAUGUCAGAAACAAGUUCUCCUUCAAGAGCUGUAAAUUCCAGGUGCAGAGAAGCAAAGAGGGAACCGGACGAGUCGCCAUGUGGAGACUCGGUAUAAAAAACAGCUACACUAUGGAGGUCACCUUUGGAGGUUCCACGCUGGGUGAUCGGAAGGGAACCCAUUUUACCACUCAAGACCUUAAGUCGCUGGGUUUUUGCUUUUGUGACACCUUACUUGACUAUUGUGACCCCGAUCCGAUGAAGGUGACUCACUGUCUGAAAGAACUCACAGCUCUGUUGAGAGAUGAAGUCAGAGACCUGGGCAAAGAAUUGGAUACCGACUUCUCUCUAUUUGAUUUGGAAUCUGGCACAAGUGGUUCCAAUAGUUCUGAUUCGGACGGACUUCCAUUACAUUUGCUCGCACAGCCACAAACUGAACAUGCAGAGCAAUCUCCAGUCAAGAAUAAGAAGAAAAUGACUCGCAAAGAAAGAAACAGGCUGAAAAGCAGGAUACAACCUGUACAACAAGUUCAACAUAUUGAGUCUGACUUUCCGCAGGAGAUUGAGGAUGCACAAAAAGAGAGCAUCCAAGAAAGCCCACUUAGAAGACACGGGAGAAAAUGGAAGGUAAAUAUUCCAGCCAGGAAAAGCGUGAUCCCUACAGCAAAUACUGACCAUGCAGGGAUCAGUCAUGUGACCCUUUGGCAAGGCUUUGAGCCUCUCAAGGGAACUUGUCAAGAAGACGUGAGGGCAGAAGCAGACAUGCGUUGCAAGAAGAGAGCAUGCGCAAACCUCAACACUUAUGCAGCCAUUUCACCUCAUAGAGACCAACAAACAGACAGAGCACAGUGGAGAUAUUCAUCAAAGCUGCUGCAACUCAGCGCUCUCCUUCAGCGACCUCCGAGAUUCUUGCACCCAGCCCAGCAACACCUGCAGCAGCUUCAUCAUCAGUACCAUCACCAUCAUCUACAGCAACACCAGCAGCAGGAGCCGCAACAUUAUCUUCAGCAGCCGCGUUACCAUCGUCCUCAUCAGCCGCAGCAUUAUAAUCACCAUCUUCAUCAGCAGCAGCUACAGCAACAGCAUCCUCAUCAUCGUCAUCAUCAUCAUCAUCAACAGCAGCAGCAGCAGCAGCAUUGCAUCGCUCGGCUAUCACCCUUCGGUGGAACAUCCGACAGUCUUCAUCGUCCCAUGUUUGACAUUGUUCCCACAAGGCGCCUGCCGUCCAGCAUCGCCGAUGAUGAUCGUAAUAAUUGCAGAGACAGAAAUUCCUCAAUGACGCCAAAUCGUUACUACGUCCACCAGGAUCUGUCCACUGCACUUGCAGACAUACCCAACACCAAAUGGCGAGACGAGAGAGAGGACGGGGCUUUUACUGAAGUUGGAUUGCUUAAACAUCUACCAUUUCGAGAGCUUAACCGCCGAGAUCUCGUCUCAGAAAUCUGUCAGAGAAAGCCCAUUUCACACCCCAAUUUUUUGGUGCCCGUACUACGGUACACAGACCUGCAAGGAGACAGACGGAGCGAUUCAACUUUAGAAAAAGGAGCAAAGGUUGUUUUACCCCCUGUAGCAAAGUCCUCCGCAUCCACAGGGUGGCACCAUAGGUGAGUGUCACUGUCAGGCUAAGCUAUCAGGCCCCCAAAGUCAGAAGAGAAGGUCCGUAAUGGUACUGCUCCGGAGAGGCCGGUCACCACAAGACCAUCCCAUUCAGCAUCACGUAACAGUACCGGGUUGGGAUGACGGACACUCUGGCCAGUGAUUGGAACCUACUUGAAUGGACAUACAGGAACAUGCCAAAGCAUCGAGGUAACAAGGUCCCAAUGAUGUUGGUGUCAUGAUAUAUGAUCAAACAUAAUGUGACAAUGUAUGUCUAAAAUUGAAACGGUACAAGGAAAUCAUUGUUAAUUCAUUAAUGAUGGGAUAAUAAGAUUUGAUCUGGAUACAAUUCAGUAAGAACAAAUCAACAUUUUAAAAUGUGUGCACAAGUUGCAAGUUUUUAUUAUUUACAAACACACCAAACAAUAGUGCAAUCCCAUGAAAUGUCAACAAAAUGCAAAAAUAAAUACGUUUGUUUUCUCUUUAUAAA